AUGCAAUGGGUAGUUCAACUUACUGAAGUUGCUAAAGGUCUUAUGGCUAAAAUGUAUAGGCUAAAUCAAAUAUUGGACUACCCAGAUCCCGUUGGCCAUGUGUUUUCAGAAGCAUUUUGGAAAGCAGGCGUGUUUCCAAACCAUCCAAGACUUGGUGUAUUACUCUCAAAGAAGUUUCCUGAACAUUUUAGCAAAUUACAACUUGAACUUGACAAGUUUGCUUUGGAUGCUUUACAUGAUAAUGCGGAACUUCAUUUGCAGUCUUUGGAGCCGUGGAUUCAGAUGCUUCUUGACCUGAUGGCUUUUCGAGAACAAGCUUUGAGGCUUAUAUUGGAUUUAAGCAGUACUGUUAUUACUUUGUUGCCCCAUCAAAAUGCACUUAUACUACAUGCAUUUAUGGAUCUCUUUUGUUCGUUUGUUUGUGUUAAUCUUUUCUCAGAGAAGCUGCCGAGGAAGAUGAUGCUACAAAUGUACAACCUUUUGCAUGCCAUGUCAAGAGAUGAUCGAGAUUGUGAUUUUUAUCAUCGGCUGGUUCAAUUUAUAGACUCUUAUGAUCAACCAUUAAAAGUGUUGCAAGAAGACCUAAAUUUUGUGAGCUCGCGUAUUGGAGAGGUUAAUCCCAUUCAUUAUAUAUGGUUUAAAUCAGGACUGAGUUUUUAUAAUAUUAUAGAUACUAUAGCAAUAUUACCUGAUAUGCAAAAAUAUUGA